GUCAUUAUUAUUUUUACUACGGUCAUAGAGUAAUGUCAAUUUUGUCAUAAUAUCGCAUCACAAAGGAUGUCUGAAUUAUUUGUUUUUUAGUUGAUUUAACAAUUUUUGCAAAUCGAUGUGCUUCAAAAAGAAAAAUGAACCGUGCAGGACAUCAACAUGCCCCAAAAAGAAGAAAGGGCAGAGCACCGUGACCAAACAGCCUUCCAGCUCCUCGGACUGCCCGCGGAACCCCUCCACAUGCUCGCCGCGGGUGCAGCGCAGCGAGACCUCGCAGUCUUCUGCAGCAUCAAGCACAGCCAGUAAGCCGGCGGCAAAGGCGGACUCGAAGCCCGGCACCCCCCCCACGCCCCCCGCGAAGGCCGCCGCCGCGCCCGCUAAGCCCGCCGCCGCGCCCGCUAAGCCCGCCGACGCUAAGAAGCCAGCGGACGCCAAGAAACCAGAACCAGCCAAACCACCUGCUAAGAAAUAAUUCGUGAAAUUCAGAUUUGGCUUGGGAUGUAAAAUUUUGAUCGAUUUUUUGUGAAUGUUAGGUUGUUAAUUUAUUUAAUAAAUUUUAUUUAUUUUUCGA